AUGUGGCGGCCAUGUGUGCGGGAGGGAUCGGUGAAAUCAGCGGGCAAGUGCAAAAGUGACCUCCAAAAAGCACAAUAGAGCAGUUGACAUUUGGGCGACGGCAAAGAGCCUCCCGCCCGCCGUUCAGCCGCCGGCAGAAAGUGACUUUUUUUACCCCUCUCGACUGUAAGGCUGUGUAAGCUCACUUGGCUCGAUCCGUCGUUUCUCAGCAAUAAGAUCUGCACAGGCAAUCUCUCGUGCACACUGGCGCAUGCUCAGUGGAGGCGUCAUGUGAUCAGUUUUACCCAUCACGGAGGCGGCGACGAGCGGGCGCAUAGACGUACACACUCGUUUGCCAGCGCGCUUGCGACGGACGCACACUCGCACCAUACAGACACACACCUGCUCGCCAGUGAGCUUGAGGCAGAGCACUGCCAGCGAGCGAGCGAGCGAGAGAGAGAGAGAGAGAGAGAGAGAGAGAGAGAGAGAGAGAGAGAGAGAGAUGGAGGCAGUUGCUCGGCAAACUGUGGUUGGAAACUGGAGUGUAGUGUCCAGUGCCGCGGUUUGGAAAGCAGUAAAGAGUGAGGAUGAGACAUCGGCGGCGGGGGCGCGAUCCCGGCCAUCGGCUUGCGCGAAGCAACUGAUCAGCGUCAGAGGCUCAUUUUAUGCAUGCAAAGGACUUUCAGCUGCUUGCCAGGGGGGCUGCUACGGGCACCAGUCACUACAGACAUGGCGGAAGGCAGGGUCUUCGUCGAACUGCAAGGUUCGUCAGGGGUCUAUCACAUGUGAAUCACAAGCUGCCCCGCCUGCUUCAGUAGCGAAGCCAGCGGAGCAGAGUGGAGAAGCAGCCACACAGACAGACUAUGCAGCUCUUGCUCUGGAAAUGGAUGAUGCUCCACCGCUAGCAAUCAUGGACAAAGCGCUAGAAUUGUUUGGGAAUGAUAUUGCAAUUGCAUUCAGUGGUGCUGAGGAUGUUGCGCUGAUCGAGUAUGCACAUUUGACCGGUAGACCGUACCGAGUAUUCAGUUUGGAUACAGGGCGUCUCAAUCCGGAGACAUAUCGGCUGUUUGAUGAGGUUGAGAAGAGGUAUGGCAUCCAUAUCGAGUAUACCUUCCCCGAUGCUCAAGAAGUUGAGGAUCUUGUUCGAACAAAGGGGAUGUUCUCCUUUUAUGAGGAUGGCCACCAAGAGUGCUGCCGAGUUCGCAAGGUGAGGCCACUGAGAAAGCACUUGAAGAAGUUGAGAGCAUGGAUCACAGGACAGAGGAAGGACCAGAGCCCUGGGACCCGAGCGGAAGUGCCAAUUGUGCAGGUGGACCCUGCCUUUGAGGGACUUGAUGGCGGCCCUGGCAGCUUGAUCAAGUGGAACCCCUUAUCGAACCAGAAGAGUGCUGAUGUGUGGGGCUUUCUCCGGCUACUGGACGUACCAGUCAAUGCUCUUCACUCUCAGGGUUAUGUUUCCAUUGGGUGUGAACCUUGCACAAGGGCAGUGCUUCCUGGUCAGCAUGAGCGAGAAGGAAGAUGGUGGUGGGAGGACGCUACGGCAAAGGAGUGUGGACUCCAUAAGGGCAAUUUGUCACAAGAAGCAAAUGAAAAGGGAAGUGAAGGAAAUGGAGCCAGCUUGGCUUCAGGCAGCAGUGCAGCAGAGGAUCUCUUCAAGGAUGGUGGUAAUGUUGUCUCUUUGUCCAGAACUGACAUGGAGGCACUGGCCAACAACAAGAGUGGACGCACAGAGAGCACGCUCGCUGUGCUUUAUGCACCGUGGUGCCAGUUUUGCAAGGGGAUGGAGCCAGCGUACGUGGAACUAGCAAAUCAAUUGGCUGGGACAUCAGUAAAGGUAGGGCUGGGUUUGCAUGUUCACGGACGUAUGACACUUAUGGGACAUGUGGGAGUUAUGGGACAGUCUGCAAGCAACUCCUCUGAGACCUCUCGGACAGUCUACUACNUGGGGCCUCCAGGACGUAUGACACUUAUGGGACAUGUGGGAGUUAUGGGACAGUCUGCAAGCAACUCCUCUGAGACCUCUCGGACAGUCUACUACGGUACUCGGGGAUCUCUGGGGCCUCCAGGACGUAUGGCACUUAUGGGACAUGUGGGAUUUAUGGGACAGUCUGCUAGCAACUUCUUCUGCAGACGGAGGAGAGGUGCAGUGCCAAGGAGGACCAAAACAGAGGUGAGACUUAUAUAUAAGUUGGUUGCAACUGUUCUGAGAACAGAUGAGCUGGGACCACAAGCAAGGCCCAGAGAUGUGGGUGGAACCACUGUUUUGAGUUGGGAACUUGGGACCAUUUGUCAGGACAUGUGAGUUGGGACUACUGCACUGGGAGACUGGAAACCGUGAGCGAGAUGGGACUAGUGCAUCUGUGGGUCCCAACCUGUGGGUGGAAGUACCUACUCGAAGGGGAGAAAAGCUUUUUCUCCUCAGACUGUGGAAGAAUUCUGAGAGGAUGGUGUGGGUGCACACAAUGGAGCAAUUCUGAGAGGAUGGUUGUGGGCGGACACGACACAAUCUGGAGCAGAUGGAAAUCGUCUUGCAGUGCACAGCACAGUUCAUGUCAGCUGCAUUUCCGUUGAUGAGCAAAUGCAGUGGGAGAAAGAGGCGGUCUGAUAGUGACAUGGAAUACGGGAUGCAUGCAGUCGUCCCCGGUUAAGCCGUUACCCUGGUUAAGGCAUUACCCCCUUGUUAAUGCGCUACUCUGGUUAAUGAGACCUGACAUUGGCACGGAACAUGGGAUGCAUGCGGUCAUCCCUGGCCUGGUUAAGGCAUUACCCUGGCUGGCCAAUGCACUCACUACCCUAGUUAAGGCAUUACUCUGGUUUAGGCAUUACCCAGGCUGGGCUGGUCAAUGCAUUAAACCAGGCAUUAUUACCCAGGCUGGUGAGGCAUUACCCUGGUUAAGGCAUUACCCUGGUUUAGGCAUUACCCAGGCUGGUCAAUGCAUUACCCUACCGGUAGUUAAGGCAUUACUGAAUUUACUGUGGUUAAUGCAUUGACCCUGGUGAAGGCAUUAUUCUGGUCAAUGAUGUGUUACCCUAGCUACUACCAGCUAUAAGGCAUUACUCUGGUUAAUGCAUCACCCUGGUUGAUGCAUGCGCGACGAGGCUUGACACUGGCGUGGGCUACAGAAUGCAGUCAUGCCCCCGCCCUCUCAUUGUCACCCUGGUUAACACAAUAGCUUAGCGGAAGGUAUGUCCAGUAAGGGUGGGAGUUGAGCGAAAGCAGCAAUGCAGCGAAUGCGAGUGAGGGUGAAUACUUGCAACUGAGCAUCACGAAGGCAGACUUUGGAUUUGGAUCUGCUAAGAUCCAAAGUCGAGAGGGAAUAUCGCCGCGAUCCAAAGUUGAGAGGGAAUAUCGCCGCAUGUGCAGCAGUCGAAGACGGUGUAGCGGUGUGUGGUACUGCCCAGCCUAUGCGUGAAUGAAUGAAGACGCCGAAAAAAAGACGGGUAUCCCCCAAAGAUGGCACACAGGGAUUGUGAGAAUGUCUCAGCCUGAAGGAGUUAAAGUGUUGGAAGUUUGUCUGAGACAUAUGGCGACAUGAGAAGCCUUUCGUCUGGAACGCCACUCACGACCCUUCAACAAGCCUUCCGUCGUCGUCAAAACGAACUCCAUGGGAGAGAAGGCCUCCUCCUCCUGCUCCCUCCUCCUCCCUCCUCCUCUCUCCUCCUCCUCCGACGACGACGACGACGAUGAUCCCCGUCAACGAGGAAGGACAUGUCAAUGUCAUAGAAGAGUAUCUCUAGCUGUUAUCUAUUGGGGCCAAUCAUUGUAUCAGAAGAUAUGUACCUUUGAGAUAAAUAUAUCUCCUUACCAUGUCCGAAUAUCGUACGGCACACAGGCAACUUUUGAUCAUAUUUUGAAUUUUUGAGUCAUUGAGAGAGAUCAUCUUUUUUUUUUGUGCGUCGCAUGGUGGUGGAAUGACAGGGAACAAUACACAGGCACAGAAUGACACUAUCUGAUUCUUCGAUUGCGAGUAAAUAGGUGACGUGGUUGACACUAUCUGAUUCGUCCAUUGCGAGUAAAUAGGUGACGUGUUUGAUUUGUUCAUUGCAGUUAGUCUCAGAGAGGAAGUAGUAGUUUUGUCAGAGAUUCUAGAGUCUGGCAGUGGUCUGAUUUGUUUUCUCAACUUCAAUCUGGAAGUAGAAGCUUACAUGUUUGCCUUUUUCCUUCCUCUCAACUUCAUCUUUGUUUUUCCUUCAUCUUGACGUUUAGGGUUUAGGGUUUAGGGUGAAUUGUUUAAGUAGUUUUGUUUUCGUUAUGAUCUUGAGUUCAGAACCUGUCUGUCUGUCUGUCUGUCUGUCUAUCGAACUCUUACCUCCUUCACAACUGCGAUCGUGUUCCAGAAGUUUGUUUUUCUUCUUCUUCUUUGAAGUUCUUUUUUUCCACUUUAAACAUAACGCCUUGUCAUGUCUUGGAUAACUUCCCCCCCCCUUUCUUCUUUGCUGCUCUUCUUUCUUCUUCUUUCUUCUUCUUUCUUCUUCUUCCCCAAAGCAUAAUAAACCUGACAAAAAAAG